CAGCCUCACAACCCCCUUCUUCUUCUUUCCUCCUCCUCUGUCUCUCUCUCUCUCCUCCCCGAAGAGAGAGAAAACUCCCAAACCCAAACCCUCUUUUUCUUCUUCUAUCUUCAUCAAUUUUAUCUCUCUUAUCUUCACAGAUUCGCCGAAUCUUUCAUCGCCGGUAAAAAUUCGCCGGAGUUUUUUAUCCUACCGACGUUUCUACCCCUUUUAUUCUUCCUCGUUUCGCGUUUCGAGUUGAGUAGCUUGAGUUAUGCCGGCUGACCAGACCGUUAUUAGCUUAAGACCAGGUGGUGGUGGAGGCAAUCGAGGCUCUCGUUUUGUGGGACCCCGAUUUGAUUCUUCAACUUCAUCUUCUUCAUCUGCUCUUUCUUCUGAUAAUCACCUUAUUCGCUCACAUGGCGCCGCCUCUUCUCUCUCACUCAAGUUUGGAGAUGCUCGAUUUGAUAACCGUGAACGCAUCCGCUUCACUCGUGAUCAACUGCUGCAACUCAGAGAGGUGGUGGUGGUUCCCGAGGAUAUCCUGAUUGCCAAAAGAGAAAUUGAUUCUGAAUUGCUUGGUGAAGAACAGAGUUGGAGUCGUGCUGAAGCCAAUCCUCCAAGUCAGCCGCAAGCCCGCUAUUCUGAGCCUGAUACCCGGGAUUGGCGUACCCGCACUACCCCAGUCGCUGCCCCUGCAGAGGAGAGAUCUUGGGAGUCAAUCAAAGAUCGAGAAUUUGUCAAUAAGGGCCAGGAUUCUAAUCGCACGGACCAGUUUGGCUCCGCAAGGGGACAGAAUUCUUCAAGUCAAGGGGGUCCAACUCCUGCUUUGACUAAAGCUGAGGUACCAUGGUCUGCUAGAAGAGCCACUCUAUCCGAUAAUGACCGUGUCUUGAAGACUGUGAAAGGUAUUCUCAACAAGCUCACACCUGAGAAGUAUGAUCUUCUCAAGGGCCAGCUAAUUGAUUCUGGUAUCACAUCAGCUGAGAUUCUGAAGGGGGUUAUUUCAUUGAUAUUUGACAAAGCUGUUCUCGAGCCUACAUUUUGCCCCAUGUACGCGCAGUUAUGUUCUGAUCUGAAUGAAAAGCUUCCUCCAUAUCCACCAGAGGAAGCUGGUGGAAAAGAAAUUACCUUUAAGCGUGUUCUCUUGAACAUAUGUCAAGAGGCAUUUGAAGGUGCUGACAAUCUGAGAGCUGAAUUAAGGCAGAUGACAAGCCCUGAGCAAGAAGCUGAACGUCGAGAUAAAGAAAGAAUGCUUAAACUUCGUACACUUGGGAACAUUCGCCUUAUUGGUGAACUUCUCAAGCAGAAAAUGGUGCCUGAAAAGAUUGUGCAUCAUAUUGUACAGGAGCUAUUGGGUCCUGACAAUAAAAGUUGCCCAGAAGAGGAGAAUGUUGAGGCCAUAUGCCAAUUUUUCAGCACAAUUGGUAAGCAGCUUGAUGAAAACCUAAAGUCUCGGCGUAUCAAUGAUGUUUAUAUGAGCCGCUUGAAGGAACUAAGCACACUUGAUCAACUUGCCCCUCGUCUGCGUUUCAUGGUCCGCAAUAUACUUGAUCUGCGAACAAACAGCUGGGUUCCUAGGCGUGAAGAGAUCAAAGCAAAAACCAUUACUGAAAUCCACUCUGAGGCAGAGAGGAACAUGGGCCUGCGGCCUGGUGCUACUGCAAGCAUGAGGAAUUCUCGUAGUAUACUCCCUGCUCAAGGAAACAUGAGCCCAGGAGGAUUUAAUCGCCCAGGCGCUGGGGGUAUGAUGCCCGGGAUGCCUGGUACACGCAAGAUGCCUGGAAUGCCAGGAAUGGACAAUGACAAUUGGGAAGUUCAGAGAAGCAGGUCGAUGCAAAGAGGGGUUGAUGUUAAUGCUGCUUCUCAAGGAGGACGCUUCCAGUCAUCAUUGAUUGGCAAACCAACAUCAUUGAAUUCUAGGCUCUUACCUCAGGGGAGUGGUGGUGUCAUUAGUGGUAAGACUAGUGCCCUACUGCAAGGAAGUGGGCCACCUGCUCGUCAACCAAGCCAAAGUUCGAGUAUGGAGCCGCUAAGCCAAAUGCCCAAGGCUAAUCCCACCCCUCCUCAACCAGCAGCAGCCCCUGUUGAGAGACCUGCCCCUGCUCCGGCCACUACCACCAAUGUCAAACCUGAGGAGCUUAAGAGAAAGACGAUUUCUCUUCUUGAGGAAUACUUCAAUGUUCGGCUGUUGGAUGAGGCGUUAAUAUGUGUCGAGGAGCUCAAGUCACCAUCUUAUUACAGUGAGAUUGUGAGAGAAGCAAUUAACUUGGGAUUAGAAAAGAAUCCACCCUGUGCUGAGCAGGUCGCCAAGCUCUUGGAGUACUUGUUUGCUAAGAAAGUUUUUACCGCAACGGAUAUAACUACCGGAUGCUUGCUCUAUGGUCAAAUGAUGGAUGAUAUAGCUAUUGACCUUCCCAAGGCUCCCAAUAACUUUGGGGAGAUCUUGGGUAAGCUAAUUUUGGCUGAGGCACUGAACUUUAGUGUGGUGAAGGAAAUCCUGCAGAAGGUGGAAGAUGAAUACUCCCGGAAACCUAUAUUCGAUGCCACAGUGAGGGUGGCUGGACCAGCGGUUUUGGAAGCACAAACUGCUGAUGUUGAAGCAUGCAAGGCCAUUCUCUGAACGUCGGCAGUUGGUCUGUCGUUUUCUUUUUUCCCUUUACAGUUAAACUAGUACUUGAACUCCAUGUAGUCCACCACAUUUGUCCGAAGUUUUUCCCUAUGAUUAAAUUUUGUUUUGUGAUUUUACAGUUUCUGCCUUGUUGAGGUGAGCACCCUUGUAUUACUAUAUACUGAGUUGGAGCAGUGAGGAUCUGUCUUUUUUUUUUGAUUGACUUUGUAUAUUUUGCUCCAAAGGACCAAGGUCAUACUUGUAGGAUUUAUCUUCUCUUUUUUCUUUUUGAUGUUUUUUGGGCAACAUUUUUUGAGUAAGAAGCUGAAACUUAUUGCCAUUGAUUUUGCUGACAGGCAUGGCUGGAUAAUGUGUAUUAUUGGCUUUGGAUGGUUC